GAUACUUCCUGGAAUGUCUGCAAGUGGACGUUCAUCUGGCUGUUUCACUGAAAAGUGAUGAUGGGGACUUUCUUCUAUACAAGAUGUAAUUAAUAGCCAUGAGAUUGUAGUGGAAUGCAACCUCUAACCAGAUCAAGUAUGCUAUACAACCUCCCUUGAAACUAGCUUUCUACAUGUGCUGAAAAUUAUUCAGUUUGUUCAAAGUACUGGAAAUCAGAAGCCAUUUAACAUGACAACAGAAACGUUGGUGAAAGAUAUUAAACCAGGCAUGAAAAAUCUAAAUCUUAUAUUCAUUGUGCUGGAAACAGGCCGGGUGACCAAGACAAAGGAUGGUCACGAAGUACGGACGUGUAAAGUAGCUGACAAAACAGGCAGCAUUAACAUCUCUGUAUGGGAUGAUGUUGGAAAUUUAAUCCAGCCAGGCGAUAUCAUCCGACUCACCAAAGGGUACUCAUCAAUUUUUAAAGGCUGCUUGACACUGUACACUGGACGUGGAGGAGAUCUGCAGAAAGUAGGAGAGUUUUGUAUGGUUUAUUCAGAAGUGCCAAAUUUCAGUGAGCCAAAUCCUGAUUAUGUUGCCCAGCAGUCACAAAACAAAAAUACCCCAAAUGACAACGCAGCCCCCACAGCCUCUCAAACCACACCAGGACCUUCUACAUCAGCAGCUGCAGAGAACCAGAAUGGCAAUGGGUUGAUCUCCUCUGGAGGUGCUCUGCACCAACCCAGCAUCUCAACCCAUCCUACCACCAGUCGCAUCACUAGGAGUCAACCCAACCAUCAAGGUGGAAGCUCAUCAAGUCUAGGGUCCUCCUCAAACCCAGUCAGCAAUGGCAAAGAGACGCGGAGAAGUAGCAAGAGAUAGCAGGGGCUGUGGGUUCAGGAAAGUUUUGGAUACCUCUUUCCUCCACUGCCUGCAAUACUACUUUGUGCCUCCUUCUGAGGCAAAACAGCUGCUGCUGAGGUGAAGACAUGGAUACUAGGCUGGAGUAGAGACUCUGGGAACAACAUAACGUUUAACCACUGAAAUGUAUUUUUAACAUGGGGUAUUAUGAUUGGGUGAGAGAGAUACAGUUUUCAGUGUUUUUACUGAAAAGCUCGUCUUGCCUUUUAGGAAUCUUCAAAUAUUAUAAAUUGCACUCAUUUUUUG